AUGUCUUUCAAGGACUUUCUACUCAAACAACCUGAUAAUAUUUCGUCCCAUGCCGCCCAGGAGGCAUAUGAUGAGUACGUCAAAAGCUUCGCUGUUCGCAAGCCCAAUGAGUUCUUCGAACAGCAUAAGGAUGAAGAGUGGUUUAGGGAAAGAUACGAUCCUGAAUAUGUGUCAAAGAGAAUAGUACGGAUUCGCGAAGAGGUCCAAGAGCGAGCGAAAGUCUAUAGAGAUCUCUGGGAAAGAGGUGGGAGUCAGGUAUGUGCUCCAGAACUUUCCGCUUUUCCGGAAGGUUCAAACUAUAGGAAGAAAAGCGAUGGUCAUGCUCUUGAAUCCCAGACACCAAAAGAAGACAAUCAGCCCGUGAAAGAGGAAGGAAACGCCGUAAGUAAGUUUGUCGAAGACGAACAUGACAUCAAGAAAGAAAGGAAAGUGCAAGUGGAAGGCACUGAACCUGACCAGAAACAAAAAACUCAAGACGUGAAGGAGGCAGCGUCAGAACAGUCGACAGUCAAAAAGGACGAAAACAAAGUUGUCAAAGAGACCGUUUCAGAUGAAGAAGAAAGAGGAGGCCUUGUCACCGAAAAGAAAGAAGAUCCGAUUCUUGACUCUGCGCCAACAGGCGAAGAAGGGGGAGGGACAGGGCUCCUACCAGGUCAGUCAAGCCAAGAACAUGUGCUCUUCUUGCCAUUGAGGCGUGAGCAUCAAAAGGACACUAUAUUCAUGCGCUCAAUUCCCACUAAUCUCUGUCGCGACGAUCUCACGGCAGUUCUUAAGCAUGGUGAGGAUGGAACAUUAAGCCUUAACCUUCGUCGUUUAAAGCUCGGUGAUAUCAACCCGCUGCGCUCACUGGAACGGUUCGGCUGGGCCGUGUAUGACUCAGAGGAGACUGCCGCGAAAGCCAUUACCGCCGUAAAGGGUGUGAAAGUAGUCUCUAGAAAGGACAAGAAUCGGACUGCAGACGGAGAAGCGAGAUCCGAAGGGGACACGCAGACGACUACGGCAGAAGAUUCUAACAGUACUUACGUCAUCGACUGCAUGCUUAACUUAGAGCGGAAGAAGAAGUUCUCUCAGGGCCGUGUUCUUCCGGCCGCGUUCGGUACUCCAGAACGGAUGAAGUAUGACGUCGCACAGUCCGCGAAAAUGAUGAGAUGCUUGGACGCUGACCGGAAAAUGGACCCCAGUUUAAAUCCGCUCACUGAUGAAGUAUUGACGAACCUCGAGGAUGAUGGCCAGCGACUGGAUCACAUUAUCACUUACUUGCGCGAAGUGCAUUAUUUUUGCUACUACUCUGGGAACGAGUUUCUGGAAGAUCCGACGAGCAUGCCACCACAAGAAUUGCGACCGAGGGCUGACCGGGGACGCCACAUGUCGGAAGCCGAUAACCGUUUACUCAGAAGAGUUGACGAACGGGCGCGAUGGGUUCUUGAACGUGAUUAUGAUCGGCCAAGGAGCAACAGUGACAAUGGGGAAGCCGCAAAAGAAGCCGCUCUUCAAAAAUGGUUUAAAGCAAAUACAAAACAUGAGGCCGAAGGGCGAUAUAGAUGCAACCUCCCACCGCACAAACUGUUCAAGGGACCUGAAUUUGUCGAGAAGCACAUACGAACUAGGCAUGCUGACAAAGUUAAGCAAGUGGCGGAUAAAGCGCUUAUGGAGACCUACAGAGCUAACUUUGAGAAUGACGCCAGCAAGGAUGAAGUUGUCAAAAUAUAUCAUGAAGGUAAGACCGGCGGUCAGGAGCAGGAGAAGCACAUGACGGGAAAGCAGGGAACCACCAUUAACCGGAACGCGGCGAUGGGAAAUGGGUAUGCACAGACAGGAACCGCGAUGAACGUGGGUAUGUACAAUCCAUACAUGGUAGGGAUGCAGUUUCCGCUAAUGAUGCCAACAGCAGCCGGCUUCACCGGUGGGUACGCUGGUACUCCAGGGUACGCAAAUGUAAUGGCUUUUGCUGGUCGUGGCAUGCAAACUGCCAGUAUGGGGCGACCGGGAAUGCCCCCCGGUGGAAUCAUGCCACCCGGGCGAAGUCCUCAUGAUAGUAAUAUGGGCGUGCAUCACCGACCUCCUCCACGGCGAGAAGGGAACCGCGGUGGUCUGCGAGGACGAAGAGGUGGACCGAGGCGAGGGGUUGGAGACUAUUACCGCGGUGGGCACGCGGAUGGUCGUCCGGCUGAUCCGCGAGCUAGAGGCUCUCGUCGAGCCUACAAUGAUCUUGAUGCCCCGUCAAAUGGCCCCUCCUUUGAUCUCGUCAGAUACGAGGACGUAUGAAAUAUUUUGAUUUCGACUUCAGAUGGAGCAUAGAUCCCCUGUACUACGGUCCAAUGGUUCAAGCGAGACGCGUGCACAUAGGCUCUUGGAUGGCAUCAUCUCUUGUUCAUUUCUUGUUGCAACGAGGCUGUUCUGGUAGAACAGAGAUGUCUGCAGUGCAUAUUAUUGGCGACUGGCGAAAGGGCUGAGCUGGACCAGAGUAACGGUUACCUAGCUUUUCCAGUCUGUCGCAAAGGAGAUGGAGCGAAGCUGCGAGAGAAGUGUGAAGGUGAGCAAGGCUUUUCAGUGCUGAGAAGAAGGUUUAAGGAUUGCCUCUAGAAGGGCACAUGCCAUGAGUUUUUUAUAUACCUUGAAUAAAGAUAUUAGGAUAUGGGCUAGUUGAGUCGGGUCCGAAUCCUGCAGCUCA